AUGGCUACUUGUCCGAGGCUAUUCUCUCCAGCUCCUGUAGCUAAAACUUCUCAAUUAAACCAUAAACCUAUCCCUUUAUUCUCUUCUCACAAAUCUAAUAUCACACCUUCAAGAAAAUCCCACCACCGAAUUCAAAGCAGCAAGUUUGGAAGCUUUCUUGACUUGAAACCUGAAUCGAAACCUGAGUUCUUGAAUUUUGAUCUCUCAUGGUUUGAUCCUGCUGAUAGGUCUCGCUUUGAUGUGAUCGUUAUUGGCACUGGCCCGGCUGGUCUACGUCUAGCUGAGCAAGUGUCCCGCUAUGGAGUUAAGGUAUGUUGUGUUGAUCCUUCACCACUUUCCAUGUGGCCUAAUAACUAUGGUGUUUGGGUUGAUGAGUUUGAGAGCUUGGGGCUUGUCGAUUGUUUGGACAAAACAUGGCCUAUGACUUGUGUUUAUAUUGAUGAAAACAAAACCAAGUAUUUAGACCGUCCUUAUGGUCGUGUUGGUAGGAAGGAAUUGAAGACAAAUUUGUUGGAGAAUUGUGUCUCCAAUGGAGUUAGAUUUCACAAGGCUAAGGUCUGGAAAGUGGAGCAUAAGGAAUUUGAGUCUUCAAUUGUUUGUGAUGAUGGGAGCGAGUUAAAAGCUAGCUUAGUUGUUGAUGCAAGUGGUUUUGCAAGUAGUUUCAUUGAGUAUGAUAAGCCAAGAAGCCAUGGCUAUCAGAUUGCUCAUGGAAUUUUAGCUGAAGUGGAUUGUCAUCCAUUUGACAUGGAUAAAAUGGUUCUUAUGGAUUGGAGAGACUCCCAUAUGGGAAAUGAACCUUAUUUGCGUGCAAAUAAUUCAAGACUUCCAACCUUUCUGUAUGCUAUGCCAUUUGAUUCAAACUUGGUGUUUUUAGAAGAGACUUCCCUGGUUAGUAGGCCUGUGUUAUCUUACAUGGAGGUCAAGAGUAGGAUGGUAGCAAGAUUAAGACAUUUGGGAAUCAGAGUAAAGAAUGUAAUAGAGGAUGAGAAAUGUUUGAUUCCAAUGGGAGGACCUCUCCCACAAAUCCCUCAAAGUGCGAUGGCCAUUGGUGGGACUUCAGGGGUUGUCCAUCCCUCAACUGGGUACAUGGCGGCUAGAACAAUGGCCUUAGCCCCAGCUGUAGCGGAUGUCAUUGUAGAGUGUCUUGGCUCAACCAGAAUGAUCAGGGGAAGGCCGCUUCAUCACAGAGUGUGGAAUGGCUUGUGGCCAUUGGAGAGAAAGUGUACACGGGAAUUUUAUUCUUUUGGGAUGGAGACUUUGUUGAAGCUUGAUCUUGACGGGACUAGGAGUUUCUUUGAUGCUUUUUUUGAUCUGGAUCCAUAUUACUGGCAAGGGUUCCUAUCCUCAAGGUUAUCUCUCAGGGAGCUUCUUUUAAUGAGCUUAUCUUUAUUUUGUAAUGCCUCAAAUCCAUCCAGGUUUGAUAUUGUUACGAAAUGUCCUGUUCCCCUGGUAAGAAUGAUGGGCAAUUUGGCACUUGAAGCCAUCUAA